AAAAGACUUGCGAGUCUCGGCACACGGCAUACACUCUUGUUCUACCUCCGUCUGAUACAGAGUAACUCGCAACACAUUUUGCUUGGACUCCGUAACGAACGAGAACUUACCUAGACAGAAUGGGACGCGGAUUAAUUCUUUUGGUCGCCGGCCUUUUGCUGGUUGCCAUGGUAGCCGCCAAGCCAACCAGGCGGAGGAGAUCUGCUGAUAAUGCUUUAGGUGAUGAUGAACACCAUAACGACACACACCACGAUGAUGGACACAGCGAUGAGCACCAUAACGACACACAACACGAUGAUGAUCACCACGAUGAGGCUCACCACAACGACAGCCACAGCCAUGAUGAUGACCACCACCACCACGAUAAGCACCAUGGCGACAGCCAUGAUGAUGACCACCACUACGAUAAACACCAUGGCGACAGCCACAGCCAUGAUGACCACCACCACGAUAAGCACCAUGACGACAGCCACAGCCAUGAUGAUGACCACCACCACGAUAGUCACCAUGCUGACCACCAUGGCAGCCACAGCAGUAGUGACAGCCACAGCAGUAGUAGUGACAGCCACAGCAGUGAUGACAGCCACAGCCACGAUGAUGACCAUCACCACGAUAUGCACCAUGACGACAGCCACAGUCACGAUGAUGACCACCACCACGAUAAGCACCAUGACGACAGCCACAGCCACGAUGAUGACCAUCACCACGAUAAGCACCAUGACGACAGCCACAGCCACGAUGAUGACCACCACGAUAGUCACCAUGACGACAGCCACAGCCAUGAUGAUGACCACCACGAUAAGCACCAUGACGACCGCCACAGCCAUGAUGAUGACCACCACCACGAUAGUCACCAUGCUGACCACCAUGGCAGCCACAGCAGUAGUGACGGCCACAGCAGUAGUAGUGACAGCCACAGCAGUGAUGACAGCCACAGCCACGAUGAUGACCAUCACCACGAUAAGCACCAUGACGACAGCCACAGCCACGAUGAUGACCACCACCACGAUAAGCACCAUGACGACAGCCACAGCCACGAUGAUGACCAUCACCACGGUAAGCACCAUGACGACAGCCACAGCCACGAUGAUGACCACCACGAUAGUCACCAUGACGACAGCCACAGCCAUGAUGAUGACCACCACCACGAUAGUCACCAUGCUGACCACCAUGGCAGCCACAGCAGUAGUGACAGUCACAGCAGUAGUAGUGACAGCCACAGCAGUGAUGACAGCCACAGCCAUGAUGACCACCACGACAAGCACCAUGACGACAGCCACAGCCAUGAUGAUGACCACCACCACGAUAAGCACCAUGACGACAGCCACAGCCAUGAUGAUGACCACCACCACAAUAAGCACCAUGACGACAGCCACAGCCAUGAUGAUGACCACCACAACGAUAGUCACCAUGACGACAGCCACAGCCAUGAUGAUGACCACCACAACGAUAGUCACCAUGACGACAGCCACAGCCAUGAUGAUGACCACCACAACGAUAGUCACCAUGACGACAGCCACAGCCAUGAUGAUGACCACCACCACGAUAAGCACCAUGACGACAGCCACAGCCAUGAUGAUGACAACCACCACGAUAGUCACCAAGCUGACCACCAUGGCAGCCACAGCAGUAGUGACAGCCACAGCAGUAGUAGUGAGAGCCACAGCAGUGAUGACAGCCACAGCCAUGAUGAUGACCACCACGAUAAGCACCAUGACGACAGCCACAGCCAUGAUGGACACCAUUACGACAGCCACAGCCAUGAUGAGCACCAUGACGACAGCCACAGCCAUGAUGGACACCAUGACGACAGCCACAGCCAUGAUGAUGACCACCACGAUAAGCACCAUGACGACAGCCACAGCCAUGAUGGACACCAUGACGACAGCCACAGCCAUGAUGGACACCAUGACGACAGCCACAGCCAUGAUGGACACCAUGACGACAGCCACAGCCAUGAUGAUGACCACCACCACGAUAGUCACCAUGACGACAGCCACAGCCAUGAUGGUGACCACCACGAUGAGCACCAUGACGACAGCCACAGCCAUGAUGGACACCAUGACGACAGCCACAGCUAUGAUGGACACCAUGACGACAGCCACAGCCAUGAUGAUGACCACCACCACGAUAGUCACCAUGACGACAGCCACAGCCACGAUGGUGACCACCACGAUGAGCACCAUGACGACAGCCAUAGCCACGAUGAUGACCACCAUGACAAUGCUGAUGUCAGCGUUGAAGUUGAAACUCAUGUCCGUGUCCAUCAUUAAAGACGACUGCCAGGGUUUGAACUCAUUUUACAUAAAUAAAUUGUUUAUUUUGCUCUACUCUACUCACAUGGAUUCCAUUUGUUUUUAAAAUUAAACACUGUUUAACACCACUUAGCAAAUAAUGUAUGCUUUAGUAAAUUCAAAUGAAUAAAUCAUAGAAAAGCAA